AUGCCCGUAUCUACCCGAUCUAAGGUGAUGAAUCAGGAGCAAAAUGGUCAUGAAUACACAAAUCUGAAUAUUCCGUUGAGAAAUCCGCAUCAAGGGCUUAAGGAAAAGAUGAGAGCUUUAACUCUCUUGUACGAGCAGCAAAAGCGAGCCUCUUUCUCUCUCCGGAAUCCUAAUCACUCUUCAAAACCCGAAGAUCAGAGCUUUAAGGCUCAGCUGCUUGAUUCUUGCAAGAAAGGAGAUCAAUUUCAUCGCCAAGACGGUAAAGGUUCUAGCUUUGUUGACGAAGAUACCAAAGAGAACAAUGUAGCUGACGCAGAUCGGAUUUUCGGGAUUAAUUCAGUUCCGGUUAAGCCUACUGGUUCCUCUUCUACUGUGAUUAGAAAGCUCUCAAUGGGAAAUGCAGGUAGAAAAAUCGUCACGGAAGCUGAAAAAGGUGAAAAAUUGGAGAUUCUUGAUGCUUGUGGGAGUCGGAUUUCGGUGUUUGUUAGGCUUAGGCCAAUGGGGAAAAAGGAAAGAGAGAAUGGGUCACGAUGCUGUGUCAAGGUUUUGAACAAAAGAGAUGUUUAUCUGACGGAGUUUACGAAUGAUAAUGACUAUCUAAGGCUUAAGAGGCUCCGUGUUCGUCAUUUCACUUUUGAUUCUUCUUUCCCUGAAACCACAACGCAGCAAGAAGUCUAUUCCACCACAACAGGAGAUCUUGUUGAAGCAGUACUUGAAGGAAGAAAUGGCUCGGUUUUCUGCUACGGUGCUACUGGAGCAGGCAAGACUUACACGAUGCUAGGGACAAUGGAGAAUCCAGGUGUAAUGGUGUUAGCAAUCAAAGAUUUGUUUGCUAAAGUUAGACAGAGAAGCUUAGAUGGGAACCAUGUUGUUCACCUAUCCUAUCUUGAGGUCUAUAAUGAAACUGUUAGAGAUUUGCUUUCACCUGGUAGACCUCUCAUACUCCGUGAAGAUAAACAGGGAAUUGUGGCUGCUGGUCUCACUCAAUAUAGAGCUUAUUCCACUGAUGAGGUUAUGGCUUUGCUCCAAAGGGGAAACCAGAACAGAACUACCGAGCCAACUCGUUGCAAUGAAACAUCUUCUCGCUCACACGCCAUCCUUCAGGUCAUCGUGGAGUAUAAGACUAGAGAUGCUUCCAUGAAUAUCAUCAGCAGAGUUGGGAAGCUAUCUCUCAUUGAUCUUGCGGGCUCAGAAAGAGCGGUAGCAACUGAUCAACGAACGCUUAGAUCACUUGAAGGAGCCAACAUCAACAGAUCACUUCUUGCGUUGAGUAGCUGCAUUAACGCGCUUGUGGAAGGCAAGAAACACAUUCCUUACAGAAACUCAAAGCUCACACAGUUACUCAAAGACUCAUUAGGAGGCUCGUGUAACACGGUGAUGAUUGCCAACAUAAGUCCAAGCAAUCAUUCGUUUGGUGAAACACAGAACACUCUCCACUGGGCUGAUCGAGCCAAGGAGAUCCGUUUGAAAGGAUGUGAAGUAAAUGAAGAGUUUGUUCAAGUGGGUGAAGAAGGAGGAGGGCCUGAUCAGGCCAAGCUCUUGUUAGAGCUUCAGAAAGAGAACCGUGAACUGCGUGUCCAGCUGGCAAAGCAGCAGCAAAAGCUUAUAACCAUUCAAGCAGAGACAUUAGCAGCUGCAAAUAACAACAAGACCUGUCAGACACCUCCAUCAAUCUCAUCUCUCAUGACUCCACCAUCUGCAUUGACAGCUCAGCAGAAGAAGAAACCGAGGCAUUCGCUUUUAACAGGGACUUGUUUCACUCCAGAAGCAACCAAAAAGGGAAAAGCGGAAGAAGCUGUGAAGGAGCUUCAGCUAACUGUCAAGGCGUUGAAGAUGGAGAUGGAGAGAAUGAAGAGAGAACAUGGAUUGCAGAUGAAGAAGCAAAAGGAAGAGUUAACGAAAGAUGUUUGUAACAGAAAGAGCGAGAAAACUCCAGAAAGAAGCAAAGAAACAAGGAGGAUUGUCACAAGAGGGAGCUUAAGACCAAAGGAGAAGGAGAAGGAGCUGAAAAGCCCAAGUCAUAGGUUUGCAUCUCCAGCUGCAACAGCUAAGAAGAGAAGCUUCUGGGACAUAACUGUAGCUAAUAGUCCUUCGUUAGAUAGAAGGAAAACAAGAAGCUAUGUUCCUCCUGCUCAUCAAGAAGCUCCUUCGAUGCUGCUUCAGCCGGGUUUUGCUCGUCCAAGGACAACAACACACAUGAAGCACUAA